AUGAGAAUCUCUCCGCGCCUCUUCGGGGCCACUGCCUUCUGCUUGCUUGCGAGUUUGGGAACUGCGCUUGGUCCGAUAUGGUCAACUUUGCAAAGAGACCUGGAGCUUGCUGCGUUGAAGGGCCUUGAUGCCGAUGCCGUUUUCAAUCCUGACUGGAAAGACGUGAAAGAGGGUUUUUUUAGGGGCGCCCCUGAAGCCGCGGCAACGCCUGAAUAUGCAACGAUCCCCAUCGACCACAACAACCCUCGUUACACAUAUAGAAAUCGUUACUGGGUUAAUGACGCCUAUUACAGGCCCGGAGGUCCAGUCAUUAUUUUUGAUGGUGGCGAGGGUGAUGCUCAAGGUCUUGCGAAUUAUUAUCUCGAAGACCAAACUUCGUAUAUUGUGCAGCUACUUCAGGAGUUCGGUGGAGUUGGUUUAGUCUGGGAACACCGGUAUUAUGGCCAGUCAAAUCCCUAUCCUGUCAACGAUAAUACACCGGCAUCCCAGCUCCAAUACCUGAGUAAUGAGCAAGCUUUGAACGAUCUUCCGUACUUUGCCAGGACCUUCAGACGCCGUUCCAUCAGUUACGACCUGACACCCAGGUCAACACCCUGGGUCAUGAUAGGCGGCUCAUACCCGGGGAUGCGUGCGGCAUUUUCUAGAUUGAAACACCCCGAUACGAUCUUUGCCGCUCUGUCAUCCUCCGCACCUGUCCAAGCUCGUAUCGAUUUCAGCGCAUAUUAUGAGCAAGUAUACCGAGGCUUGAUAGCAUAUGGCUAUGGGAACUGUACUAGGGAUAUGCAGGCUGCAUACCAGUAUAUCGACUCACAGCUUGCUCAGCAAAACACUGCUACGUACAUUAAGCAACUCUUUCUUGGCCCGGGUGCGGAACGAAACACUCAUGGCGUGUUUACCCAGGCUCUACUUGCUGUGUGGGUGACAUGGCAAACCUACGGACCGACCGGUGAGGUCGCACAAUUCUGCAAUUGGAUGGAGACAGAUCCUCGAACCGGGAGAACAGCUCCCGCUGAGGGCUGGGCACCAACAAGAGGAGUACGAGCAGUGGUUGAGAGAUUCGCAGCAUGGCCCAACUUCAGGUCCCGUGUCAAUGCUGCUUUUGGCUCGAAUUGUGGGAAAGGUGAUUGCGAUUUAAAACUGACAGCCACGGAUCCGGCGGCCAUCAGCUGGGCCUGGCAGUUUUGUAGCCAAUGGGGAUACUUUCAGACCCGGAACCCGAGUGGAAUCAUCUCCAUUUACCAGACCGACGACUACUUCCAAAGGGAACUUUGCUACAGCCAGUUCCCCGACGGCGUUUCAAGUGGCCACCUUCCAGCAAGGCCUGGGGUUGACCAAGCAAACAAUUACACUAGCGGCUGGUAUACACGCCCGUCCAAUGUCUUUUUCACGGGCGGGGAAUUCGACCCUUGGAACUCGCUGUCGACCCUUUCCACAGAGUCUUAUGCACCCCGUGCCAGGGUCACUACGCGCAUUCCACAGUGUAAUCAACCCACACCUCGAUCGGAGGUUUUCGGCUACUUGAUUCCUCACGCGGAGCAUUGUUAUGAUCUAAGGACGGACGUUCGCUCCGGGGAGUACCCGAGAAGCCUGUUCCGGUCUGCUUUGCGCCAGUGGCUUCCUUGUUUUAGGAGGAGGAAUUAG